CCCGUCCAGUGACUGAGAGCCUGCGGCCAGUGAUGAGCCCUGCAUCCACACCGAUACAACCAGCGCACUGUAUUGGCAACAGCAGCUUAUUUUGCUAUUAAUGUAAUAAACGACGUUUAAGUGCAACGCUAGAAUAUCAAGUUUCCAUUAAAACCGUGCACGCGACCGUUUAUGCAAAUGGACUAAUCGCGUACGUGCGUCUCCAAUCGCGCUCUGGAUGAACGGUCUGAGCAUCUGAAAAUCAGCACGACGCCACCGCCUCUGCAACCUCAACAGUCUCAAUGGAAACGGAGUACCAUCAGGCGUCUCUGGGCUCUCUGGUUUGCACCCAGGAUGAAGAGCCGACGAGCUGCCAGAUUCCUGGUCCUGUGACCUAUCAACCGGGGCCCGCAGCGUCAGACUCCUUCCCCUGCCUGCGACCCCUCACCUUCCCUCAGCAGUCCAAAGAGGAGGUCCGCUGCUCGGGAGAGGUCAUCGUGAUGGUUAAGGAGAAAGCAGAGAGCGCUGAUAAGAUUUGCUCUUCCCCGAACGAUGCCUUUUCCUCCAAACCCAUCCUGUCGUCUCCCCCUCGCCGGCAUCACUCUCUGCCCCACACGCACCAUCCACACGUGGGCCGCACUCGCAUGGGCAGCCGCUCCAGCUCCAUCGCCUACACAGCCUUCUCCCCGCGGCCCUCCAUCUCUCGCCACUCCAGCAUCGCCACCAACCCACCGCUGGACCGUUCCAAACCCAAAGACUACCUCAUCCUCGCCGUCAUCGCCUGCUUCUGCCCCGUCUGGCCCAUCAACAUUGUGGGAUUCGUUUACUCCAUCAUGUCGAGGAACAGUCUGGAGCAGGGGAACGUGGACGGAGCGAGGCGUUUGGGUCGUGUGGCCAAACUGCUGUCUGUGGUGUCGCUGGUGGGAGGAGCAGUCAUCAUCAUCGCCUGCGCCGUCAAUCUGUCCAUUAAUGUGAAGUCCUGAGUAAGGUGAGCGUGCUAUAAAAUCAGCUCCGCAUCAGACCACUGACCCGAACACCACGGCCCCAUUUGUUUUGCCCACUGCUGCUGUGACGGCAAUCACCACUUAGAGCAAUCGAUUAUGGGAUGCCUUUGCUCUCUGAAAGAACCCUUGGUAAAUCUGCACCGACAUGCCAUAAUCAAACAGACGAAGCGGGAUACUUCCACUGAAGUCUGAGUUUGCUCCUUGGCACUUACACUGAGCUCCGACAGCUGAAAAAAUGAACAAAUAUGACUCACAUUCUGUACAGACUGGCUCUUGUUCAGGACAACUGCUGGUCAAGCAAAAAACAAGCAUUUUUCCUUCUCCAGAAGCAGAAAACAAGCCAAAUCGAUACAGAGACAGAUUGAGUGUCCGUCGCUCUGAAGAUCGUCAAGUGCUUCACAUGUGAUGGAGGGGAUCAUCUUGAGGUCCUGAUGGCAUCCUCAUAUCAGAGACACACUUGAUUUGCUACAACGGCAGCAUUUGUUCAAUUUUCAUAACCUCAUUUACACCAAGAUCAACUGUGAGUAAAGACUAGAGAUAUGUUUAUUAGUUUAUUUAAACAUUUUAGAUGUAUGACUUCAGACAUUUGAGGUGUGUUUCACCAUACUGUUAAUUAUACAGUCCUGCAUCUUCAUUAAAAACACUGGAUAGGACUAAUAUGAUCUAAUUAGAUGAUCAAAAGUGAGAGUAAAAACAUUGUUACGGAAAUGUUGCAAAAGAUUUCCAUUUUGAGAUUCGAAGAAGAAAAAUCGAUCACAGCUUCCACAAAAAUAUUAAGCAGCACAACUGUAUGUACCAUUAAUAAUGAAUAUUAUAAUGAUUAUGUGACACUGGUGACACUCAAAUUAAUAGAAUAUAUACACUCACUGGCCACUUUAUUAGGUACACCUGUCCAACUGCUCGUUAACGCAAAUAUCUAUCAGCCAAUCACAUGGGAGCAACUCAUUUAGGCAUGUAGACAUGGUCAAGAUGAUCUGCUGCAGGUCAAACCGAGUUCUUCUGAUGGCUACUUCCAGCAGGAUAACGCGCCAUGUCAUAAAGCGCGAAUCGUCUCAGAUUGGUUUCUUGAGCAUGACAAUGAGUUCACUGGACUCGAAGGGCCUCUACAGUCACCAGAUCUCAAUCCAAUAGAGUACCUUUGGGAUGUAGUGGAACGGGAGAUUCGCAUCAUGGAUAUGCAGCCGACAAAUCUGCAGUAACUGCUUGAUGCUAUCAUGUCAAUAUGGAGCAAAAUCUCAGAGGAAUAUUUCCAGUAGCUUGUUGAAUCUAUGCCAUGAAGGAUUAAGGCAGUUUUCAAACACUCCAUCUAUAGUAAUAGAAAUUUUCUGUUCUUCCAUCAUCACUGGCCAUAAUUUAAACUAUGAAAGAAGAACUUGACGUAUAUUUUACAAUUUUAGAUUGAGAAAUUCUUAAUUGGAGCAAAAUCUCAGAGGAAUAUUUCCAGUAGCUUGUUGAAUCUAUGCCAUGAAGGAUUAAGGCAGUUUUGAAGGCAAAAGGUGGUCCAACCCGGUACUAGUAAGGUGUACCUAACAAAGUGGUUGGUGAAUAUAUAUAUAGAUUUAAUGCGCUUAUCGCAAAAGUUAUAUUAAAAGUUUGUGGUCAAUUUCAUUUCAUUUCAUUUCAUUUUAAAUUAAAGUCUUCAAACACUCCAUCUAUAGUAAUAGAAAUUUUCUGUUUUUCCAUCAUCACUGGCCAUAAUUUAAACUAUGAAAGAAGAACUUAGCGUAUAUUUUACAAUUUAAGAAUGAGAAAUUCUUAAUUGGCACAUCAAGUGUCAGUUUUCUGAAUGAUUAAGGGAUUAUGAUCAUAACAAUAGUGUUUUCAUCUUUCAAAUAGUUGCCAAAACAGCUACAAAAUGCACAUAUUUUGCAAUAUUUCUGUAAUCAGAAUUCCAAAAUCAUUCAUUCAUUUUGUUUUUGUCUUAGUCCCUUUAUUAAUCUGGGGUCGCCACAGCGGAAUGAACCGCCAACUUAUUCAACAUAAGCAGAUCCCCUUCCAGCUGCAAUCCAUCAUACACACUCAUUUCCACACUACGGACAAUUUAUCCUACCCAAUUCAUUCCAAAAUGAGUGAGAAACAAAUAUUAAAUAUCAUUCAGAUGCAGGGCGCUGUAAUUAUUGUUUUCACUUUAUCAAAUGACAAUCAGAUCUUUCAUAUUUUCUGUCAUUUCAUCAAUAUACAUGAACAGUUUUCAACAUCCAGUCAUGCAUUCACAAUAUGUAGCUAAUAAUCCUGAAAUAUUAAGUUUGGACAACUGAAAAAGAAUCAUUUGCACCAAUCACCCUUUUUGAUAAAGCAAUAUGCAAGCCCCCACAGGCCAGACUGAGGCUCAUCACAUGGUAAAAGUGUUUCUGGAAAUAACGACCUUUAUGAAAACACACUGUGUCCGCUGCAAACCUUUGUAUUGAACUGUGUUGUUGGGUAAUUUAUAUACACUGUGUAAUCUGUAGCUCAAUGUAGCCCAAUCACAACCCAAUCUUGCAAUAUUGUAUUAAUUAAUCGUCGUGUUAAUGAACCCGUCCUGUGGAUCCUAAUGAGACUUUUGGCUGGUAGCGCUGAUGACUCUACAAGAUUUUUGGAGCUGAUGAAACUGCUGACUUGGAACUGUAUAUAGGAAAGACUGUGAAAUGAUGGGAUGUUGGCAACAAUGGUUGUGAAUGGAUGUAGCUUGUGCAUUUCACUUCUGUUUAGAUUCAGUGCUAUACUAGACAACUUGUGAUGUGUGAAUAAUUCUAUUUAUAGUAGGUUCACUAGUUUAACUCCUUGUAUUACUUUAUAUUGUUGGCUUUUUUAAUAUAUAUUUUUACUAUAUACUUUUAUUUUUCCUAAUAUCCUUUUUGGCACUUGGGAAUACAUAAACAUUCUUGUUUCUGUCCACUCUGAUUGAAGGAUUAAGAGCUGAAAGGUUUAGCUUUUACGAACAUUGUGCACUUAUUUUUGCAUGCACCAUUGUUUCUCAUCUUUUUUGAUAGUCUUGCAUUGUCUGGCAAUAGUUCCCUCUAUAUAUCCACCAUGGGGAAAUCCAAUAAAGCAUUGGAAAGA